CCAGUGACUUGCAGUUGUUGUGUAGUUUAGCAUUGGCGAGGAAGAUGCGUUCGAGGAUGCCGUGCAUAGCUCCCCGAUGGCUGGCGAUGGUGACCCUCCACCUGCAACAACUGGGACUUCGGUGGAAAGUGCCAAUGACACAUAUGGUACACCGAGCUGCAGUUAUGACUUGAGGGAGCGGCGACGCAUCGGUAGCAUGACAACUGGAAAGGACGAUCGCUAUGCACAUGUCCCCACGGAUGAAGUCGAGGCGAGCACACUUGGCAACUACGACCUGGACGACAUGAAGAGCCAUCGUUUGGAAGACGUUCCAGGCGUGCGACGCCACCUCGUCAGGAAGUCUGUUCACUCUUCGCGUGGGAAGGGAGUUCAUAAGCUGUCAGGACGUAAAAAGCUGCACGACCGCCGUCCCCACGAGGUGUUUGUGGAGCUGAAUGAGCUGGUAAUGGACCCGGCACGUCAAGAGCGACAGUGGAAGGAGACCGCACGGUGGAUAAAGUUUGAAGAGGACGUGGAAGCUGAGACAGACCGAUGGGGCAAGCCACAUGUCGCUUCGCUGACGUUCCGUUCGCUGCUUGAACUACGCAAGGCCAUUUCACAAGGCACCGUACUUCUUGACCUGGAGCAAAAGACGCUACCCACCAUAGCGCACCAGGUGGUGGAACAGCUGAUCAUCUCGGAUCAGAUCCGUGAGGAGGACCGUGCGAACGUACUUCGAGCCCUACUGUUGCGGCACAGGCAUCCAAAUGACAUGAAGGAGGUGCCAGUGGGUUCCUUUUUACCACGCAACAUCUCUGCGACAAGCUUGGGCUCCCUGCUGGCUGGAAGUGGAGGAAAUGGAGGGGCAGCAGGGGAUCCAGCCUCCAGCCAGCCUCUCGUGGAUAAUGUGCUAAUCGAGAUGGGGGAAGCGGGUGACCACGAAACACCAGAGCAUGCCCAUUCUCUGACAAGAGACAACUCUCUGACUGGUGACUCCCAUCGCAUCAAGCCUAAGAAGGAGGGCAAGCUACUUGGGAAGAUCCCACAGGGAGCAGAGGCCACCGUGGUGCUUGUCGGUUGCGUGGAUUUUCUGGAGCAGCCGGCGAUGGCAUUUGUUCGACUCAGUGAGGGCGUGCUACUCGAGUCUGUGCUGGAGGUGCCAGUGCCCGUACGGUUCCUCUUUGUAUUGCUGGGCCCCAGCGAGGCUCACAUGGACUACCAUGAAAUUGGACGCUCCAUCUCCACACUCAUGUCCGACAAGGAUUUCCAUGAGGCUGCUUAUGUGGCAGACGAGCGCCAAGACCUGCUGAAUGCCAUGACCGAGUUCCUGGACGUCAGCAUCGUGCUGCCUCCCUCGGAGCUCACGGACGAUGGCCUACUGCGCUCGGUAGCCGCAUUCCAGCGCGACAUGCUGCAAAAGCGGCGACAAGAGGAUGAGAGCAAGAAGCUGAACAUCGUUCCCACCUCAGCUGAGCUAAAACAAACGGCUGUGCCCAGCCAGCGGAAAGAUGACGAUCCAGACGACCCCCUGAGGAGGUCGGGUCGCUUGUUUGGAGGGCUGGUACGGGAUGCGCGCCGCCGCUACCCACUCUACCUGAGUGACCUCCGCGAUGCCCUCAACCCACAAUGCCUUGCCGCUGUCAUCUUCAUCUACUUUGCCGCACUGUCUCCGGCUAUCACCUUUGGGGGCUUGUUGAGUGAAAAGUCCCAAGGCCUGAUGGGAGUGUCGGAGCUCAUUAUCUCCACUUGUCUGCAAGGAAUCCUCUUCGCAUUGCUAGGCGCCCAACCGCUUCUCAUUAUUGGCUUCUCAGGGCCCCUACUUGUCUUUGAAGAAGCAUUUUUUACUUUCUGCACAUCCCAGGGUGUGGAAUAUCUGACCGGCCGGGUGUGGAUUGGGUUCUGGAUGGUCAUCAUCGUGCUCCUCCUUGUAGCAUUUGAAGGCAGUUUCAUGGUGCGCUUCAUCUCGCGCUUUACACAGGAGAUCUUCUCCAUACUAAUUUCCCUCAUCUUCAUCUACGAGACCUUCUCCAAGCUUUAUAAGGUGUUCCAAGAUCACCCCCUGCUUGCUACCUAUCCUGUGAGAAGUAACAUGACAACUAAUUCAGAAACCAGUAACAGUAGCAUUGUAAAUGGCACAACAGCAGCGACAACAAAAGUGCUGAACCAACCCAACACAGCUCUGCUUUCCCUUCUGCUAAUGUCCGGCACCUUCUUCAUAGCCUUCUUCCUGCGCAAGUUUAAGAACGGCCGUUUCCUCGGUGGCAAGGUACGGCGUGUGAUCGGGGACUUCGGAGUCCCCAUUGCAAUCCUGGUGAUGGUGCUUGUUGACUUUGGCGUGCCGAACACCUACACGCAGAAACUUAAUGUGCCGGAUGGGUUUUCGGUGACUUCUCCAAGCAAGCGCGGAUGGGUGAUAAAUCCCCUAGGAGCAGAAGGAACCUUUCCUGUGUGGAUGAUGUUUGCAUGUGUCGUUCCCGGCAUGCUUGUCUUUAUCCUCAUCUUCAUGGAGUCCCAGAUCACCACACUUAUUGUGAGCAAGAAGGAGCGCAUGCUGUUGAAGGGGUCGGGCUUCCACUUGGACCUGCUGCUUAUCGUGGUGAUGGGCGCCAUCUGCACCAUCUUCGGCCUGCCGUGGCUCACGGCCGCGACUGUGCGCUCCGUCACACACGUCAACGCUCUCACCGUUAUGAGCAAGGCGACAGCGCCUGGCGAUAAGCCUCGCAUUGAAUGCGUGAAAGAGCAGCGCAUCACAGGGCUGCUUGUGGCCGUCAUCGUCGGCCUCUCCAUGGUGUUGGGUCAGGUGUUGCGACAGAUUCCCAUCGCUGUGCUGUUUGGCAUCUUCCUUUACAUGGGUGUCACGUCCCUCAAUGGAAUCCAGUUUUACGAUCGUCUCAUGUUGGUGUUCAUGCCUGCCAAAUACCAUCCGGACACUGCUUAUGCCACUAAGGUGCGCACGCUGCGCAUGAACCUGUAUACAGGGAUCCAAUUCGUGUGCCUCGGGGGGCUUUGGGCUGUCAUGUCAACAGCCGCUUCUCUCGCCUUCCCUUUCGUGCUCAUCCUCACUGUGCCACUGCGACGCUUCUUGCUCUCCCGCAUCUUCACUGACCGAGAACUCAAAUGUCUGGAUGCCAAGGACGCAGAGCCUACAUUUGAUGAGGCUGAUGGGCAAGAUGUGUAUGGUGAGGUGCUCAUGCCUGUGUAGGCCCAAGAGCCUGUGGCCCUGAAAUCUAGCCCUAAAUCUGCACACCACUUGAACUCACAAACCAAACACGUCAGCAAACUGGGGCCAAUAAUGUCUCAACAUUACCCACACAUUUGUGUGGACAUUGGUGAAAGAUAAUGGGUUAUGUUAUGGUCUUGCCUCAAGACGUUUUUGCAGGAAGCUGCAGUGGAACAACCUGUCAUUCGUGAUGAAGGAAACAAAGACAAGGUUACCGAUAGCCAAGGGGAUGUAAACAAUCAUGGCACUGUUUUAAUAGUUGCACUUGACGUGAAUAUGUAAUGUUUAUUAUGUGGGAUUAGAUUUUAAGUGUUUUAUUUAGGGUAUUUUCUUGCUUACGUUCAUUUAAAUACCUUUGGGAAUCUUUUUACAUUGCAUAGGUGCCUCUUAAGACAUCUUAGCUUUUCGUAAGGUGACGGUUCAUUUACCUUAUAGAUGUUAGAAUCGCUAAAGUGAUGCAAAAUACAUCCACAUGUACAUUUCAAGAUAAAGCAUUUCACUAAAAUGGAAAUUGUUAAUUGUGGCUCUCGUCUUCAAGCAUCAACAACCGUGCCAUUCAUUUAAUUGGAGUACAUUGCUUAACUUGUGUAUUGGAGAUUUAUUAUUGCUUAAUUAAAUGUGGCCUUGUAGCAAUAUUCAUCGUGGAGUUGAAGUAAGAUACAUUCUAUUUUUACCUACUCUUUCCGUGAUGGAUUUUAGUAACGAAAUAGAUAAAAAAAAUGUCCCAUUGUUUUCGACCUAUCACAGCUUUUUGCGAGAUGUGUGGGUUGCUGGGUUUGAUUUAUUGUCAUCGGGCACCCAUCAACAGCCAAACUCCUAGAACAACAGUAUUGCUUAAUUUGAAAGAAAUCUUGUUUAAGUUAUGGUACCUUGGGAAUUAUAUUUCCUGUUUAAUACUUUAUUUGGUGAUUCAGUCCCCCCCUUUCAGCUGAAACUCCACGUGAUGAUGGCUCCAUUCUAUACCAGUCUACCCACUUAUAAUGCCUCCUUUGCAUACAAUAAUAACUCCUGCAUUGUUACAGUAGUUGCAGCUUCAAUACUGCUCCAGGGGUCCUUAUAACAAAAAAAAAUAAGUUAUCCCUGCUUGGUUGCCCUGGAUAAGCAUUUGUCAGCUAUUUAAUGGAUAUUGAUCUCGUUUACAUUGAAAGCCAUACUAUAUGGUAUUUCAUUAUGUGGUAUUCCAAAAGUGAGGCCAAACUGUUAAAUAUGAGCAUUUUGAACAUUGUGUCCUUUCUACUGUUUUCUCUUUACUGGUCGUUUUGGUAAUGAACAACCUUGUAACAGAUUUGCUUUAAAAGAGUAAUUAUGUAGACUUGUGUAUUUUUCCAAUUACCAUUUGACAUUAAUUUACAGUGGUUCUUAAUACUGUCCUUUGUCAUCAAAUAAGUUUCCCUCGUUUAACAGUUAAUCUAAUUUGCGUUAAAGCUUUUUAUUAUGAACUGGAAACGAUACCAAACGCUUUAGAAUAGAUACUUGAAUGCCACUGAAUCAGUAUAAGGUUUCAUGUUCUAUUUUCAUCGAGUAAAAUGGAAUACUAGAUGUGCAACACUGAAAGUAGAAAUGUAUACAUUACGGUGACGUGCGCAUCAACAUGAUUUAUGCUGUGUGUGUAGUGUAUUUGGUUAAUUUGGGUGGGGUGCAUUUUGAUUUGUAUUCUAAGCCUGUCCAAGCGAUGGAACAACGUGUAAGCGUGAAAUGCUGUACAUUACAUAUUGGAAACUGUUAACAUGGAAUAUUUGGUGGUGGCUAAAAGUACAUUUAAAAAAAAUUAUAACAUUGUGGAGAUUCAUUUUUUACACUUUUACAAAAUUACACAAAUGCACAAUUGUAAUGCAGUAUUGUAAAGGACCAUUUUCAUAGUAAACGUUCAUUUUAUUUACUCUUGGUUAUUUC